GCCCCCUCCCCUCCACCCACGUUCAUCGACGCCACUCGAGCGAUCAUUCUCCUCUCAGACAAAACCACUUGUCUUUCGUACAGAUCUGGAAAUUUGCCCAAAUCUGCGCUUUCUUCAGACAGAUCCCCCUGGUCUCUCUUCUCUCUUUUUGGGAUCCGUCUCGUUGCUUCACGCUCCUGAAGAAGCCGAGUGAGUUGGAAAGAUGUCUGGCCAAAACCAACGCUUGACCGUGGUUCCUACCGUUACGAUGCUCGGGGUCAUGAAAGCCCGUCUUGUCGGGGCUACGAGAGGUCAUGCUCUCCUCAAGAAGAAGAGCGAUGCCCUCACCGUCCAGUUCCGGGCACUUCUCAAGAAAAUCGUCUCUGCAAAGGAAUCCAUGGGAGACAUUAUGAAGACAUCCUCCUUUGCUCUGACCGAAGCAAAGUACGUAGCAGGCGAGAACGUCAAACACAUUGUCCUCGAGAACGUCAAAGAAGCCUCGCUGAGGGUCCGUUCCCGGCAAGAAAACAUCGCCGGGGUCAAACUUCCCAAGUUUGAGCACUUCUCGGAAGGCGAGACCAAGAAUGAUCUGACAGGUUUAGCAAGAGGUGGUCAGCAGGUCCAGGCCUGCCGGGGCGCGUAUGUGAAGGCCAUAGAAGUUCUGGUGGAGCUCGCUUCUCUCCAGACGUCGUUCUUGACGCUGGAUGAGGCCAUCAAGACAACAAACCGAAGGGUCAAUGCCCUUGAGAACGUGGUCAAGCCGAGGCUGGAGAACACGAUCAGCUACAUAAAGGGCGAGCUGGACGAGCUCGAGAGGGAGGAUUUCUUCAGGUUGAAGAAGAUUCAGGGCUACAAGAAGAGAGAGAUCGAGCGGCAAGUGCAAGCUGCCAAGGCAUAUGCGGAGGAGAAGGUCUUGGAGGAUAUGGCAUUGAAGAGAGGCAUUUCCAUGAACGCUGCUCACAACUUGCUCGUUGGAGGAGCAGAGAGGGAUGAAGACAUUAUCUUCUAGAGUUUGUGUCUGUCUGCUCUCUCUCUCUCUCUGGCUUUUGUUGCCUGUUUCCUUUGUGUCAUCAAAUAAAAAGGGUUGAUGUAUAAUCACUUAUUGUUUAUUGAGAGAUUCUCUUCAUUACCUUCAAAUGACAAUGUGUUUUGCUGUU